UUUUGACCUUGCACAUCUUGUUCUUUGUUUGGUCUUAUGGAAACGAAGCUUCAUUCACCGAACUCCAUGCCCCUCAGCCCCACUCACGGAGAAACGAACUCUACCACAAUAGCUUCUGAAGCAGAAGUCACUCAAAGCACGACUGAGUUUAGUCAAGUCACUCAAUCUCCUGAACGAUGGGUGACACUACAGCUCACAUGGGCCGGGAAACCCUUUUCAUUGGAUAUCGCUGAUUCUGACCGAGUUCUAGACUUGAAAACGGCAUUACAUGAUUUAACUAGAGUCCCGCCAGAACGACAGAAGAUAUUAGGAUUAGUGAAAGGAAAACUACCUCCAGAUCAAGGAAGAAUCUCGGACCUGAAGCUCACUACUGGAAAGAAAUUUACCCUACUAGGUACACCCGAGGGUGACGAAAUCAAAGAUCCAGCCCAAUUGGGGAAUCUGCCAGAUGUUGUUAACGACCUUGAUAUUGACUUUACCAAAGACCCGAACGCCGUAAAGAGAUAUAAACAUGACCAGAGGAACAUUCGCAAAGUUAAAGAGAUGACGGACAAGUUGUCGGUCAAUAUCAUCCAUCCUUUGCGGGAGGGAAAGAAAUUGCUGGUAUUAGAUAUUGAUUACACUAUUCUGGACACGAAACCUUUGACGUCCGGAAGCUUGCCUCCAGCAGAAUGCGCACGACCGAAAUUACAUGAAUUCCUGGAAGCGAUAUAUCCUUAUUAUGACAUUUGCAUAUGGUCUCAAACAAGCUGGAUAUGGUUAGAAACGAAACUCGUCGAACUUGGUAUGAUAGGUGCCAAUCGUAACUAUCAGAUAUCAUUUGUUCUCGACAAGACGUGCAUGUUCACGGUGUUUACUGAGCGGGACGGACAAGAGUGGCAGCACUCCGUGAAGGCUCUGCAAAUUAUUUGGAAUCAUUUCCCCCAGUUUAACGCGACAAACACGGUCCAUGUUGACGAUUUAGGCCGCAACUUUGCUCUCAAUCCUCAAUGUGGACUGAAGAUACAUGCAUUCAAGAAUGCACACACCCCCGAAGCUCAAGCAGACCGAGAACUCGACAAGCUUGCGCGAUACAUGGUUCACAUUGCUCCUUUGAGUGAUCUCCGUUCCCUCUCACACGCAAAUUGGAAAACAGUCUUGAAAAGCUUACCUCGCUCUUAGCAUAUAUAGAAUCCCAGUGGAUCACGGCUUUCUUUGUUCCUUCCGGUCGGGAUUGUGUGUUGUGUUUGCUCAGCAUUUCAAUAUUUAGUACUUUUGCGUUGAUAACCGUGUUUCUGUAACUUAAGAGAUACCGCAUAAUACUUAGUUUCAUAAUAGGUGUACA